GUCAGCUGACCUCCACACAGACGCUACCGACUUCCUCCAGCAGCAGCGUGCAGCCCGAGGGCGGCAGCGUUGUGACUGUGGUUCUGGUGUGCGUUCUGUUCGGGCUGAUUGCUUUGGUCACAGCAGGCGCAAUCGUCAUCAUCGCCAGAAGAUGGAAACAAAUCAACAAAAUCCCUCAGCAGCAGGUCCACAGUACGGUCCAGUUCAGCUCCACCUCGUCCUCUCUGGAGCUCCACAGACGGUCGGUGGUGGAAAACAUCUACAACAUCGACGCUGACGGAGGCGGCGAUGGAGGCGAGUACGAGUACUGCCCCUGAAGGCGUUCGGGGCCCCUGCAGACGGCCACCAGGAGGACUUUAUUAAGGGCCAGGACACUGCUGAGACAGUGGCCCCUGAGGCUCAUGGGUACUGUAGUAUUUGUAUAUAUAUAUAGUAGAAUCUAAUCUUUCUGUAAAACUCCUCCAGCCUGACUGACAUGUAUUUAUUGAAUUAAAGACUGA